GUUGUGGCGAGCACAAAGCGGGGCAGGGGAACACCCAGGAACACCUCGUGAGCCGAUCAAGUGUGAUCCUCAACUUCCCCUCAACUUUCUCUAUGUCAAGCUCAAGAAUCUGUUUUACUUCUGUAUUUCAAACAGAUUAGGCUUUCCACAGCAAGGGCGCCAGGAUAGUUUGAAGGCUCUGGCAAGUUUUGAGGGCCAGAGCGGUCACGUAGAACACGCGGGGACGAGAAUGAGCUGAACAAAUAGCCUGUGCGAACGCGUCUAGAAGCUUGCUACUUCUGGAGGGCGGGACUUAUAAAGCACGCUGUGGGAAGAAGUGCGGUCGGAGCUUUUUGUUGACCAAACGUAAUCCCAAGCAAUCCAGCUUUGCCUCUUACUUGCAGUACUUGCGAGGCCUCACAGGCUCAGUAAAGAUCCGGGCGUCCUUGCCCGGUUGGGGCGAUGUCGUAUCUGUUGCCCCACUUGCACUCCGGGUGGGCUGUGGACCAGGCCAUCUUGUCCGAGGAAGCACGUGUGGUGGUGAUUCGCUUCGGCCAUGACUGGGAUGAGACGUGUAUGCAGAUGGACGAGGUGCUGGCAGGGUGCGCGGACCAGCUCAAAAACUUUGCGGUGAUCUACCUGGUGGACAUCAGCGAGGUGCCCGACUUCAACACUAUGUACGAGCUGUACGACCCGUGCACCACCAUGUUCUUCUUCCGCAACAAGCACAUCAUGGUCGACCUUGGCACGGGCAACAACAACAAGAUCAACUGGGCCAUGAAGGACAAGCAGGAGUUUAUUGACAUCGUAGAGACAGUCUACCGAGGGGCGAGAAAAGGGCGGGGCCUGGUCGUGUCGCCCAAAGAUUACUCGACCAAGUACCGGUAUUAGAAAUCGGGGGAGCGCAAUCAACCAACUAACAGCGUGCUAGUGAUCAGAAUCGGAGAUUCGAGAUUAGUUCCUGCAGCUAGCAGAAACUACAAAGCCGCCAUGCUGGAGAUGUGGGAAGGCAUAAAUGUCCAGGCAAAUAGCCGAACGUGCAAGUCUGUAGGCAGGUGACAGAUUCUUUUACGACAUCGACUUUCAAUUACCCCCUGCCAAGGAGUUGAAACUGCAUACCUAGGAUAAAAGCAUGGAACCAGUGCUACAGUCCAUGCAUGCUCUCUACAGAUCUGGACAAUCACGUACACGAGCUUGAGGUAACUCUGCAGAUGGGUCCAUUAAAUUUCAGUCAUGCACUGCAUAGGCAAUUGUUGUUUGGCAUGCGUUGCUGUCCGCGAAAGUUUUGCAUCACCAUGCGAGCUAUGCAGCUCGCAGAUAUCCAAUCGAAGCCUGCA